CACAGGCUUAGUAAUGCUCUAGAGAAGAGAAGAGAAUAGAAGAGAAAAGAAGAGAAGAGAAGAGAAAAAAAAAGGACAUUAGUAAUGAGACACAGGCUGUGAAUGGCUAGCAAUUGCAAGUGUAUAUAUACAGCAGCUUCUGUUUCUUCCCACGACCCAGCUGAUAGUCGGAGAUAAACUGCAUUUCUUCUUGAUCUCAGCUCACUAUCACUGCCUGCGAUUAAAGCACAGCACAGUUCUCAAUGUCCAGAGAUAAUUUGCAUUCAAGUUCUUCCUUCACCUCGCCAACCAAGUUUGCCACAAGCCCUAGUCCAGAUGGUUUAAUGGAUAUUGGAAAGCAUUGCGAGUUCUGUGGCCAGUUGGACUUCUUGCCCUUUACCUGUUCAAAAUGCAAGUUGGUUUUAUGUUCUAAUCAUAGAUCGAUCUCAGAUCAUUAUUGCAAGUUUGGGGAUAAACCAAGUGAAACCAAGAAUGAUGGUUCCAGCAAGAAAAUGCUCAUGGCAAACAAGAAUAACCAACAAAGUGUUGCCUCCUUAUUUCCUGAUAGAAAGAAAUUCAACGAAUCUUUCUAUGAAAAAAACAACCAAACUCAAAUAAAAUCAGACAAAGUUAGCUCAUCUACUAAAUUACUUAACAACAAUAACCAGAAUAAUAACCAGAAUAAGAUAAAAAGCAAUGAUAAGCUAUUCUCAGUCAAUGCUUUUAAUAAGAUCAAAUUCUUUCUUAAAGUGGAAAAAAAACUAAAGAAAAACAACAAAAAAUCAUUUGGCAACUCUUUUUCAUUUAAAAAUAUUAAAAAUCCUUUAUCGUUUAAUAAGAACAAAUCAUCCAGUACAGCUAGCGCAACUUAUUCAACCAAAUCUAGUGCUGCCGCCGCUGCUCCUAAGAAUACAAUAGCUGCAAAGAGAUUAACUUCAACUCAAAGAAUAAUUGAAUUAUCAAAAUUGAAAACCAAUGCAAAGGGCGAUCCUAAGAUUCCAGUUUCUUCUAGAAUUUAUGCUUGGGUUGUUAAGAUUCCAGAUUUUAAUGAUAAUAAUGACGAUACUAAAAACGAGAAAACAAUUGAGGAAUUUUUUAAUAAAAACAUGAAUAAAGAAAUAUUAAAGCCAAUGUAUUUCUCUAAAACUUGGCCCGUUGGUAGGGUUUUAGAUUACAUAGCUGAUGAACUUAAAAUAAAGAAUGAGAAUAAUAAAAUUAAUGAUAAAAAAUUCAGGUUAUCAAUCUUUCGAAAGAUUAGAGACGAUGAGGUGCCUAAAAACGACGAUGAGAUUGUUUAUAUUUUGCCCAAUGGAAGAGUUAUUAAAGAGAUAAGGGAUUUAGAUAUAUUAUAUAUUGUUAGAGGUGCAGACAUAUGAACCAAGAAAAGAAAAAGAAAAAGAAAAAGACAAAAAAAAGAAAAAGAAAAAGACAAAA